AUGGAAACGUGGGGGGUUGAAGAUGGAAAAUGGGGAUGGUUGAGGAGGAAACUGUGGGAGGGGGAGGAUGAAAAGGGAGGGGUUGAAGAGGAAAUUGGGAUGGUUGAGGGUGGAAACUCUUGGGGGUUGAGGAGGGAAAAUGUGGGGUGGUUGAGGGGGAAACUGUGGGAGGGGGUUAGACGGGGCCCCGUGGGAGGGGUUGAGGAUGGAAACUUCAGUUAUGUACAGAUGGGUGUGGCCAAGCUGCUUCUGGCAGAUCUUACACAGGAAUGUAUGUUAGUGUGUACAAAGGGUGUGGCCAAGCGCUUCUGGAAUCUUACCAGGGCUUUAGUGAUGUACAGAUGGGUGUGGCCAAGCUGCUUCUGGCAGAUCUUACACAGGACUGUAUGGGGGUGGCCAAGGUUUUUGGGAGAUCUUACACAGGACUGUAUGGAAUUGAUGAAAAGUUGUGUACCUGAAACAUUAAAUUGGAAUACAUCAAGAACUUUGACAGGUGCACUGUCAGAAUCAGUUUGCUCAUACCUUACCUGCAAGAAAUAUUUUGAUGUCUCAAACAUCCAGGAGGAGGAGCCUGUUGCCAUGCCAUAUGUUGUUCUCACUGUCCUGCUGUCUAUAGGUCUCAUCAUAUACUACUGUGUUGCUGUCAACUACUUCUGGUUGGAUACAUUCUCUGAUGUGUACGACUCGGACGAUCACAUGGACAGGCAUCCAGAAUCUUUGUUCCCGAGUGAGUUACCCAAAGUCCCAAAACGUACCUAUGUACGGAAGAAACCAAAUAUCAUUCAAACAGAAGCUUCAGCAGGGAGACAAGACAUUUUUAAUGUGCGUGCAGGACUCGAAACGACAGUUCAGUCAGUUCCCAAUACUGACAGAUGAUAGUAAAUGGAAGUCAGGACAUCUGUGAUAAUUAUACAUGUAGAUUUUACUAGACUUGAAGUGUUGAUAGAGUUAAAAUUUUAUUUUUUGGUGAAAGCAGUUGAAUUUAAUUGUUUAGUGAAAUCAAAAUAGUUCUGCAGAUUGGGGAAUGUUUGCAAAAGUUUAUGCAAAAAGAGGCCACUCUUGCCAAAUUGUUGCCUCUCAUCCAAGGAGGAUUCAAAACUGUGGUUUGGGUGUAGAAUUCAGCUGGUUCUACCCAAGUGCCGGAGGUCUUCCUCUACCAUCAAAUACUGGGUGAAAAAAAUUUAAACAGGUGAGAAGAAAUGUUCCAAUAUAAGCAGUUAAAAAUUGCUGAAUUUUUGUAAAUGAAAAUACUUGAAUCAUAAAAAAUUAUGCAAAUAGUACCCAUUCCAAUUGAGAAGCUGUUUGUGUGUUUUAUGUAUGACUAGAAGUUUUACCUGAAGAUUAGAUAACAUAUAUAUGUAAAUGUAAGAAAUAUUUCAAUAGCAAAUAAAGGGUUGAAUAUUGAGGGCUACAGUAUUACUGUCUGUUAUUGUGAUCUAAUGAUAAACAGCUAAGGGAGGAAACAUUCCACUCAUUUUUGAGAACUUUCAUGUGACUAUACUGAACUAUUUCAUGUCAUGUGGGUAUAAUUAUCCAGUUUUGGCUGGUUCAUUUCAGAAACCUACUUGUAUUCUACCUAAACUUUUUUCAAGAAAUUAGGACUAGGACUUUAACAUGCAAAAUUUUCUACUUACUCUUUUUUAGCUCACCUGUCACAAAGUGACAAGGUGAGCUUUUGUGAUCGCGCGGUGUCAGUCGUCCGUCCGUCCGUGUGUCCGUGCGUGCGUCCGUCCGUAAACUUUUGCUUGUGACCACUCUAGAGGUCACAUUUUUCAUGGGAUCUUUAUGAAAAUUGGUCAGAAUGUUCAUCUUGAUGAUAUCUAGGUCAAGUUCGAAACUGGGUCACGUGCCAUCAAAAACUAGGUCAGUAGGUCUAAAAAUAGAAAAACCUUGUGACCUCUCUAGAGGCCAUAUAUUUCACAAGAUCUUCAUGAAAUUUGCUCAGAAUGUUCACCUUGAUGAUAUCUAGGUCAAGUUUGAAACUGGGUCACGUGCCAUAAAAAACUAGGUCAGUAGGUCUAAAAAUAGAAAAACCUUGUGACCUCUCUAGAGGCCAUAUUUUUCAUGGGAUCUUCAUGAAAAUUGAUCAGAACAUUCACCAUGAUGAUAUCUAGAUCAAGUUCGAAACUGGGUCACGUGCCAUCAAAAACUAGGUCAGUAGGUCAAAUAAUAGAAAAACCUUGUGACCUCUCUAAAGGCCAUAUUUUUCAUGGGAUCUGUAUGAAAGUUGGUCUGAAUUCAUGAGAUCUUCAUGAAAAUUGGUCAGAAUGUUCACCUUGAUGAUAUCUAGAUCAAGUUCGAAAGUGGGUCACGUGCCUUCAAAAACAAGGUCAGUAGGUCAAAUAAUAGAAAAACCUUGUGACCUCUCUAGAGGCCAUAUUUUUCAUGGGAUCUGUAUGAAAGUUGGUCUGAAUGUUUGUCUUGAUGAUAUCUAGGUCAAGUUCGAAAGUGGGUCACGUGCCGUCAAAAACUAGGUCAGUAGGUCAGAUAAUGGAAAAACUUUGUGACCUCUCUAAAGGCCAUAUUUUUCAUGGGAUCUGUAUGAAAAUUGGUCUGAAUGUUCAUCUUGAUGAUAUGUAGGUCAAGUUCGGAACAGGGUCAUGUGCUGUCAAAAACUAGGUCAGUAGGUCUAAAAAUAGAAAAACCUUGUGACACCUCUAGAGGCCAUACUUGUGAAUGGAUCUCCAUAAAAUUUGGUCAGAAUGUUCACCUUGAUGAUAUCUAGAUCAAGUUUGAAACUGGGUCACGUGCCUUAAAAAACUAGGUCAGUAGGUCAAAUAAUAAAAAAACCUUGUGACCUCUCUAGAGGCCAUACUUUUCAUGGGAUCUGUAUGAAAGUUGGUCUGAAUGUUCAUCUUGAUGAUAUCUAGAUCAAGUUUGAAACUGGGUCAACUGCCUUCAAAAACUUGGUCAGUAGGUCUAAAAUUAUUAAAAUCUUUUGACCUCUCUAGAGGCCAUAUUUUUCAAUGGAUCUUCAUGAAAAUUGAUCUGAAUGUUCACCUUGAUGAUAUCUAGGUCAGUCUCGAAACUGGGUCAUGUGUGGUCAAAAACUAGGCCAGUAGGUAUAAAGAUAGAAAAAUAUUGUGACCUCUCUAGAGGCCAUGUUUUUCAUGAGAUCUUCAUGAAAAUAGUGAGAAUGUUCAUCUUGAUGAUAUCUAGAUAAAGGUCAAAACAGGGUCACGUACCUUCGAAAACUAGGUCAAUAGGUCAAAUAAUAGAAAAACCUUGUGACCUCUCUAGAGACCAUAUUUUUCAAUGGAUCUUCAUGAAAAUUGGUCAGAAUUUUUAUCUUGAUAAUAUCUAGGUCAAGUUCAAAACUGGGUCACAUGAGCUGAAAAACUAGGUCACUAUGUCAAAUAAUAGUCAAAAAACGACGUCAUACUCAAAACUGGGUCAUGUGGGAAGAGUUGAGCGAUUCAGGACCAUCAUGGUCCUCUUGUUUCAUUUUGUCAAAACUUUGUUUUAAUAUAGCUUCUAUAAUCAGAAAGAGCCUGACACCUUUAGAGGCAUUAUAAUGGUAAAUUGAAUAUUUGGACAUUUUAAAAGUGUUUUUGAACAGCCAAUUUGUUUCCCUUUCAUUAUACAAUGCAGUAUAAAAAAGCACUUUGUGCGCCUGAAAGUCUUCAUGCAUUGAUCCCCGUUACCAUAUUUUUAUAGAUAUCAAACAUGCUUUAAUAUGAAACUAUUACAUGUACAAUGAAAUAAAGUGAUAAAAUUA